GCUUAUAUAUACAAUGAUUGAGACCUCAAAACAGCAUAAGCUUACACGGGAAUAAAUUUAGGUUAUGAUAAGAUUGAAAGACUAGAUAUCCUAUAUGCGAUAGAGUUAAUCGCAGUUAAUCGUUGAUAGAUAGCGAACGAUGUAGUUACGGAAAUGAAUAGAAAAAAAUUAAGGCGUACGUUUAGGUUGCACGAUUCUUUACGAUGUGUUAAUAUGAAGGAGAAGGAAUAUUUGGAAUAAAGUGGCUCACUCUCUCUGCUUGGUUUUCUUAUAAUUUACAUUUUAUCUGCAUUCUCUCUCUUGUAUUGCUCGAUUUGGAGAUUAAAGGGUUACAAAUGUUGAUCGAUUCUCCGAUAUUGCAAUAUUUUACUUUCACAAUUUCCAACGUAGUUUUAUAAUUACUCCCGCCUAGAAAUUACGAUGAUUCGAAAAGUUUCGUUUACCUUAUAUGUCUACAUGGAAAGCUAACAUUCGAAGCUCAUUCUUCGAUACAGAAAAUGGUGGAAAAGAUCCCGUUGCGGAAAACCAUUGCUCGAUUGGAUUUUCCAGCGAUUAUAGCUUUUGGCAAUCCCCUCCUGGACAUCUUAGUGAUGCUGAAGAAUGACGACCUGCUUAAAAAAUACAAUCUCAAAAUCGAUGGCGAGACGGAGCUAUGCGAGGAGAAAAUACAGGAGUUGAUUGCAGAUCUACCAUCCGAAACAGAGCAAUGCACAAAUCCAGGAGGAUCUGCGCAGAAUACAUUGAGGAUUUUGCAGUGGCUAUGUGACGAGACUCAUGAAUCUCAAAUUGGUAUUUUUUAUGGUGGUGUCGGAAGUGAUCAACAGGGUUCAAUAUUAGAAAAACUAGUCCGAAUUACAGGAGUGGAUGUAAGAUAUGCUGUACAUUCAACUCUACCUACUGGAUUAUGCGUUUCGCUAGUAUUUGAAUCAUCCCGCAGUCUUGUUGCAAAUCUCGGUGCAGCCAAUAUAUAUACAUUGGAUGAUUUGAAAAAAGCUAAUUUGCAAUUAGAUAAUUUAAAGAUAAUUUAUAUUGAAGGAUAUUUCAUAACACACAGUUUGGAUGUAGCUAAGGAACUGGUCAAACGAGCCCAAGAGAAAAAUAUUAUCAUAGCAUUCAAUCUUAGCGGUGUAUAUAUAUUCCAGGAUCAUCAAGCGGCCAUUUGCGAAAUGGUUGGUCACGCCAAGAUCGUGUUCGGCAACGCGAGGGAAAUGAUCGCACUCGCGCAAGCAUUGAAUGUAAAGUACGACGAUGUCACCGACAUACCUUUCUUGCUGAACAGUUUAAAGAGGAUCACGGUGGAUGUUUCCAGCGGCAAUAGUAAAGAUUGGCUGACCGAUGACGGUAUAUUCAUCAUGACGCGCGGUGGAUGCGCACCGGCGAUCAUCGUGUGGGGCAAAGGACAGUCCAUUCAGAUACCACCCAUCGUACCGAAAGCGCCUAUCGUGGACACGACGGGUGCCGGGGAUGCUCUAGUGGCUGGCUUUCUGGCCGGCGUUCUGGCUCACUGGGAUCCAAAGAGUUGCUUAGAAUUGGGAUGCAAGGUCGCAUCUUACAUGAUAACUAGACUCGGCGUCACGUUACCGAGCAGCAUACCUCCCGAUUUGCUGCCAUAACGAUUCGAUCUCUUUAGGAGACUAAUGACGAAUAAUUGUUACCUGAUAUACCCGUAAUUGCAUAGUUAUUUAUUGCCUCAAAGUUAUAUAUUAGCAAAUUAUCGAUCAUUUGAGCGAUAAUUAGUAUUCCUCGUCGAUGUUACCUCCAUGUGUUCCAUUAGAUAUUUAUUUGAACGGUCCACGUAUCUGCGUACUUAUAUGACACGCGCGUGUGUUGCAUUGUAAAAUGCAAGACUUAGUAUUCGUGAGUUUUAUUUAUUAAAGAUUACUAUCGUGUUACACAUACAUACUCGUAUCAUCAGAUCCUGCAUUUUCAUAAAUGUAGCACUUUUAUUAAUAAUAUACAGCAAAAUAUAGAGAGAUAUAUAU